UUUGAAAGAAGUAUCUAGUGGGGGUCUUAUUAGCAGAAAAGCAAUGUGGCUUGCAGCAGCAUGGGAUAGAUUUUUACCUCAUGACCUUCAGAAUGCCAAGAGAUUUCCCAUGAUUUUUCUUAGCUCUGUUUGUAGUUACUUCAGAAACUGCUAGGACAGGAUUCUGCACUAAAGUAUUUCUACUCUCUUGCCUUUGUUUUGUGACAUUCUAUAUGUGGGGAAGGGGGGAAAAGUGGUAAAAGACAAAUACCUGUCUAAUCUGCUUGGAGUCUAUUCUCUGCUGUUGAGACUCAUGAAAAACUACUUCUGUUGGUUUGCUCUGAUGACUGAGAGUAACCCGUUGUGUGACAAGUGUGACAAUGAUAAGAAAUGGUUGGUUUAUGUUUAGACCUCCAGUAUUUAAUCUUACUAAAGGUUUAUUCCUUAUCUUGCUUAAUUAUUGUAAGUCUAAAAAUCUUUCAUGGCUCAGACAAUGUGCAGUUGAUUUCUUCCAUGUGUCCCCACUGCAUGUCAGGUGCUGACAGAGUACUUGAGUUGUGUCUUUACUGUGCAACUCCACCGAACACCCAUUCCACAAACUAGCCUGUGUUAAUAGGACACAUUUAUAAGCAUCCAGAUGUAGCUGCAUAGAUUUCUGUUGCACUUUUGUCCUUUUUUGCUUCUGUAUGGUCUUGUAAGCCCUGGCAGGAAUAUAGCUGUAAAGCAGCUGGAGAAUGGAAAAUAUCUGUUGAAAAUCAAAUCUGACAGGUUCAUCCUGGAUAGGAAUGUGCUUCUUGGUUAUACAACAAUCAUUCUGUGCUUAACUGCAUUUGCAAGAUUUGUCUUGUUACCUUCUUGGGAGUUCACAGCUUAUUUGACACUCCCUCAGGCUGUCAGGUAUGGGCACAUGCCUACUGCAAUGUGAUUGAUGAUUUUUGUAGAAAAAACCCUUACAUGUGACACUUCACUGGAGAGAGGCUUCUUUGUACACCAAGCCUUUAAAUUGUGAGCAGCCAGUUACCUGAUAGUUUGAGGUUUUGGCAUUGUACUGUUGCAGGAUCUCAGACAGCUUCUCUCACCAUGAAGAGUUUUGCUCUUCUCUUCCUAGUAGUGAUCUGUAGUAUGGGAGGAUUGGGGCAGAAGCUGAAGCCAAAGAAAAGGAGCACCAGUGGUGGAGACAUUAAUUUUCGGACUAAAACCAAAGAUAACUGCAGGAUGAGUGUGAGUGGGGAUGAGGAGAUGAAACUUAGAAUUGAAUGCAAAAGCCAAGGCAUAUCCUACUGGUGUGAAUUCACUGGCAAGCCCUCUGUCUGCCGUGCAUUCAGAAACAAUCCAAAGGUUUACUGGAACCAGAUCACUGCAGAACUUCGGAAGCUCUCGCAUGCUUGUGAAUCUUCAGAAGUGCUGAAGACCACCAUGUGCCAAAAGGCUCCUCCAGAUGCUCUCAUGAAGCAAAUAGCUGCUGGCAUGGAGCCAGAAGAUGGAGCAAGACAGGACAAAGUCCAGAAAAAUUCUUCGAGGGGAGCAGGGAAAAGCCCUGCUAAGAAAGCAGGGAAACCUCCAGUGCCACCAGCCCAGCAUGGCCAAGCAUCUGAAAAUGAAACAGAAGCAAUGAAGCUGGCACGGGAACAUUGCUGGGAAUCCCUUCAUGAUGUCUGCUCCUACAUUAUUGGCAUCUUUAGGGGUUAAGGAUUUGUUUCAGAGCAAAAUUUUUGCAGCUGAAGAAGGAUCCUUGCUGUAGUUUAAUGAUUUAGACGCAAGAAUUUUGGUUUCAAAACGAGUCACCUCUGUAAACCUUGUAGCUGUUUUCUCUUUGCACCCUAAAAUGUUACUUUUUAACAACCCUCGGAAAAUGCAUGAAACUGAAGUGACUACUACAAGUGUUUGGAUAACAAAGUGUUCCUGAGUCUGCCACACACCAAAGUGUGCUGCAUUUAUGUAGCCAAGGUUCCACUUUAUGAGUGCUGACCUUGAAUAGGUUUGUGUGUGUGCUGAUUCACUUCCAUUUGCUAGAGAGAAAGCUGUAAAUGAUGCUACAGUUAGUGCAAACAAUAAAGCUAAGAUUUUGGAAAA